GCUCCGGAUUGUACGCCGCGAGAUACAGACCUGGAUGGUGUAGGGAUGGAGGGCACGUGCUUCCUGCUGCUCAUUCUCCAUUUCGCGAAGCACAGCACACAUCCAGCGCCUCCCGAAUCAAAUAAAGAAAAAUGAAGUUUGCUACUGGACUUGUUCUUGCGGCUAUUGCCGUCACCGCCGCUAACGCCGGCAACCCGGCGUACCUUCGUUCGACUGUCUCGGACGACGCCAGCGGAAGCGACGACUUCGAUUUCUCGGACUCGCUUGACGCCAGCGGCAGCGAUGACCUUCUGGACGAUGAAGACCUCACGAUCGAUCUGACGGACCUGUUCGGCAGCGACAGCGACAGCGAAGAUGGCAGUCACCUCAAGAUCAACAUUAUGUCUCUGAUCGGCAGCGGUAGUGACCAGGUUGACAUUCAGGACAUUAUUGAUGCCUUCGAGGAGGCCGAGGGAUCGGACGCCAGUGGCAGCGACGAUCUGUCGUGGCUGCUUGACUCGGACAGUGGCAGUGACGAUGAUGACGAAAUCCUUCUUAAGGGUGGCAAGGGCAAGACCCUUGUUGACGACUCUGGCAGCGACGAUCUGUCCUGGCUUCAGGAGGACGAUGACUCGGAGUCCGGCAUCGAGGAUCCCGUCCUGGUCAAGGGUGCGACCAAGGGCAAGGCCCCGGUUGUUGAUGACGACUCUGGCAGCGACGAUGAUCUGUCGUGGCUGCUUGACAGCGACUCGGACUCUGGCAGCGAGGACCCCGUUCUAGUGAAGGGUGCCACCAAGGGCAAGACGGCUCUUUUCGACGAUGACUCUGAAGCCGAGGACCCCAUCCUUGUGAAGGGAGCUACCAAGGGCAAGACGGCUCUUUUCGACGAUGACUCUGAAGCCGAGGACCCCAUCCUUGUGAAGGGCGCUACCAAGGGCAAGACGUCUCUUUUCGACGAUGACUCUGAAGCGGACGACGAAGUCCUUGUGAAGGGCGGCAACAAGAGCCCUGCCACCAAGUCUUCUAAGUCUACCAAGACUGGCGAGACCACGUCCAGCUCGAUCGGAACGCUUUACGAUGACGGCUCGGAGGGCACCAUUGGUGACACUGAGGAGGACCCUAUCCUUGUUAAGGGUGCCACGAAGGGCAAGACUCCGCUGUACGAGGACGACAGCGACAGCGAGUCUGCGUCGGAUGAGGAGGACCACUUGCAGACGGAGCAGUCGGAUUCGGCUGCCACUAAGACUGCUACCAAGAGCUCUAAGACGCUCUGGUAAGUUUAAGGAUCCUUUUUAAUGUACGUUGGUCACUUGACAAAAAUGUACGUAGGUCCUUCUCGACAUGAAUUUGAGACUUCGUAUGCCUGCAUAAACGUAUUUGUAGAUUGGUCGUCAAAACGAAGUGACGGUCUAAAUAUCAAUACAAACCUUAAGAGAAAUACUGGAGAGCCGUUUGAUG